AUGUCUACUCCUCCUUCAAAACGUCGGAAACAGAGCCCUGAUUCAGAUAACGAGUCGGGUUCAUCACAUUCAGUAGCACAGGGUUCAUCUUCAGGCGCCUCAUCCGGUUCCGAGAGCUAUGAUACCGAUGAUGAGAUCGCUACAGUCAAAAAAUCCCUCAAAACCGGCAAACGCAAACGACGCGCGACAGAGCCCAACAAAUUUGGCGACACCCUCCAAUCGCUUCUGCACACCGAUGCCCCCUCAGCACUCCCACUUUCACUCAAGCCUUCCAUAUCUCGGAAGCAUAACGAUGAAAAAUUAGAAUUGAAGGCGAAGAAAGUGCUGCAAACGGAAAGGAAGGAACAGGAGGAUAAGGGCAGGAUCGUGGAUGUUAUUGGGGGCUGGGGCGGUGAGAAUGAACGUGCCUUGAGAAAGGUCGCUCAACGAGGAGUCGUCAAACUCUUCAAUCUUAUUCAACAGUCACAAGCUUCUGCUACUGCGGCAAUAGAAAAAUCCAAGGCCCAGAGGGGCUCGGGUAAACCCACACUGCCAGCACCUGCAGCAGACACAAAACGAAAGUCUCGGGGCACAGACGCGGGUGCGGCAGUCAAGGAUGACUUCUUCGACAUGAUUCGAUCUGGAGGACUGGUAUCCAAACAGUGA